UUUCAGCUGUUUGAAAGUGUCGAGAGAAUUAUGCGAUUUGAACCUCUGCUCUUACCCAAAUUCAUCCCACAUGAAAUGACUAAUAAUAGCACACGAAACUUGCUUUUAAACUACCCGGAAAAGCAUCUUCUAACGAUACAGUACCUCAACCUAGGCCUAAACAAUGUUCACACCUGUUUUUGAAUACAAAUUUGUAGCAAAAUUUAACACCAAGAAUUGACAAUUGUCAGCUACAACUGCAUCUGCGUUUACCGAAGAAAUCGGUUGCAAUUCACCUGACUUAUUAGUUUCGACUAGAUUGAGUAUCGCUGAUUGGUUUUACUCAGUUUGCUAAUCGCCCAAUUACAUUAUAAGACUGAUUAAUUGCCGUAUUGGUCGACCGAUUUUUGUAUGCCGAUUGCGAGUAGCGAAUAGUUUUGAAUAGCAGAUGUUCUGUAUCCACAUUUCGAGUUAAGUGCCGCUGUUGAAUGGGAUUACAGUUGACUGUGCGGAUCCGUACCGAAAUCAGUUUAGUUUUUCAACAGAACAACUCAAAUUUAGUUGAAAUUAAACAAUGAUUCUGUGGGUUUUUAACAAGGAUCUAAUAAAUUUUAUUUUGAUUCAACAAUGUUUCUAUUUAAAUGUAAACAACUAUUUGUUGAACUAAACCAAAUACAUGCUUUUGAAAAACGCCCAUUUCAGUUUGAAACAGUCAUUCGCCACGUUUUAGAUUCAACAAAACGUUUUGUUGAUUCAAAAAGGCCUGAUUCUUCUACGUGUAUAUUGUACGUUUCAUUGGAAACGAGCCAUUCAAUCAUUUUGAUGCGGCGAAGCGAGUCAUUAAUGUGGUUUUUGUUUGAGGCGAAACUGAUUCAGUUCCUAACCCCAACUGCUGUCAAAAUGUAUGAACUGACAGCGGUUGGGGUUAGAACCUGACUCAGUUUCAGGUUCAAUCGAAAUCGCCAUAAGCUAUUAUAUAGUUUUCCGUUCCAUUUGAUAAAUUUUAGGUCCAAUAUACAUAAUAUAACAUUAUUUCAAAAAAAAUUUCGUUGUAAUACGUAAAAACGAUUUUUUUGUUUUUUUAAAAUAAAUCUUAUGUAAACUUGGCAACCAUACAUAGGAAAACUGCGGUUGUUUACAUCUGGCCUAUCAGAACAACACCCAAAAUAAAGAAAAACUAUGUGCAAUAGAUGGUGUUAAUAAAAAUAACCCUCCCGGAAAACCGAGAAAACAUGCCCUAAUUUUUUUAUGUUGACAGUCUGGAUAUGACACUAUAGGAAGGAUUUGACAUUUGACAUUUCACGACAAAUGAUGCCCUGUCAGAAAAAAUUAAUACAUGUUUUCCCGCAUGGUUACUUUUAUUUGACAUAAACACCAUCCAAUGCAUAUAGUUUUUUUUCCUUUAGGGUGUUGUCUUGAUAGACCAGAUGUAAACAACCGCAGUUUUCCUAUGUAUGGUUGCCAAGAUUACACAAGAAUUAUUUCAAAAAACAAAAAAACUCGUUUUUACGUAUUGCAACGAAAUUUUUUACUAAAUAAUGUUAUAUUAUGUAUAUUGGACCUAAAAUUUAUCGAAUGGAACGGAUAACUAUAUAUAGCUUAAUGACCCAAUUAAGGGCGAUUAAAUGGAGCGUUCCGUGGGCGAUUUAAGGGUAGCUUGGGCGGCAAAAAAGACGGCGGCAAAUCGCCCAAAUGUUGCAUUUGAAAUAGCUCCCUAAUUGCCAGCAAUUUGCUGGCAAAUUGCAGGGCAAUUAGCGCAUCCGAGUUUUCAAAUAGCCUCCCGUUAGCCAGCAACUUACCCUUUUUGACUGGGCUGACACAGUUUCGGGGCCAAUCAAAAACGCCAUUAGAGUGACACUGAUAUAUAAAUGAUAAACAAAACAUUGAGCUGUCGAGUCUUUAUUCGAAAAUUCUUUGAACUUGUGCAUCGACAUGGAAAGAGAAGACGAAUAUGAACUGUGCAUAGAAAAGAGAUUAAUUUCUCUCGUUAAAGAGUAUCCAUGCAUUUAUGCGAAGGGUACGAUUGCCUAUCGAAAUAGUGGCGCCCGAGUUAAAGCAUGGUUAUUAAUUAGCAAAACACUCAAUAUAUCGGGUAAACAUCUAUUGUUUUAUAUCCAAUCAACUGGUUCAAACAAUUUCAUUUUCAGAAGGUAUUGCAAGAACAAAAUGGAGGAAUCUUAAGGAUCGGUAUGUGAAAGAAAGAAGAAAACAGGAUCAAACAGCGGUUUCUGGCGCAGGAUCCGAAGAUGUUUAUGUAUCUAAAUGGAUAUUUUUCAACGAGCUUUCAUUUCUCUCGGCCCAUUGCGAGUUAAGAACGACUAGCGGAAAUUACACGCCAAGUGAAAGCCAACUGUCGGUACAUACCAAAACUGUCGAAAAUAACAAGCUCAAGGCGAGCCAACAAUCAGUACUACCCGAUACAAGUAGAAAUAUCCCUUCAAAUGAGGACAUGCAGCUAACACAAUCCAGAACUAGCCAGAGUUACAUGGCAGCUAGAAGUCCGAUACAACCUAGAGCAUCUAGUUCCCAGUUUUCAAAUAGCCUCCCGUUAGCCAGCAACUUACCCUUUUUGACUGGGCUGACACAGUUUCGGGGCCAAUCAAAAACGCCAUUAGAGUGACACUGAUAUAUAAAUGAUAAACAAAACAUUGAGCUGUCGAGUCUUUAUUCGAAAAUUCUUUGAACUUGUGCAUCGACAUGGAAAGAGAAGACGAAUAUGAACUGUGCAUAGAAAAGAGAUUAAUUUCUCUCGUUAAAGAGUAUCCAUGCAUUUAUGCGAAGGGUACGAUUGCCUAUCGAAAUAGUGGCGCCCGAGUUAAAGCAUGGUUAUUAAUUAGCAAAACACUCAAUAUAUCGGAAGGUAUUGCAAGAACAAAAUGGAGGAAUCUUAAGGAUCGGUAUGUGAAAGAAAGAAGAAAACAGGAUCAAACAGCGGUUUCUGGCGCAGGAUCCGAAGAUGUUUAUGUAUCUAAAUGGAUAUUUUUCAACGAGCUUUCAUUUCUCUCGGCCCAUUGCGAGUUAAGAACGACUAGCGGAAAUUACACGCCAAGUGAAAGCCAACUGUCGGUACAUACCAAAACUGUCGAAAAUAACAAGCUCAAGGCGAGCCAACAAUCAGUACUACCCGAUACAAGUAGAAAUAUCCCUUCAAAUGAGGACAUGCAGCUAACACAAUCCAGAACUAGCCAGAGUUACAUGGCAGCUAGAAGUCCGAUACAACCUAGAGCAUCUAGUUCCCAAGAUGGAUUUUUCGACAAUACCGAUGGAAGACAAGACGAUGAAGAAGAAUUUGGUGCAACUCCAGCCCUCGCAUCAAACGUACCACCAAGCCGCAAGCGAAAGGCCGGGAUUGAUGACAGAAUAAGCGGUCUUUUGACCAAGAUUAAUGACGUGGUAUCUGUAACGGCGAAUCAAAGCCGUCGUCAUGCUACAUUUUGCCACUACCUAGCAGAAAGAAUGGAAAUGUUACCUCUUAAUGUUGCAAGGGAUUUGGAGGUGGAGUUCACUACGCGUGUGAACAACCUUAUUGAUAUAAAUGAAUAACAUCAAAUUGAAAGAAUGCUUACGGGCAGCAUUCGAAUUUUUAAACCAUGUGAACGAAUCUCCAUCAGGUUAAUAAUUUUCAACACCUGCAUAUGAAUGUGAUGUUUUAAAUUGAUAUGUACUUUUGAUUUUGAUUGUUUUUACUGUGUCUACUUUAAACUUGUUUUCGUAUUCCCAAAUAAAAGCUAUUGAGUUAUUUACAAAGUUAUUUUAAUCAGAGGCUUGGAUGACAUCAUUCGAAUUAGGAAGACCUAUAUGUGCGUGAACCAACAGCAGUAGAUUAUCUUCCAGUUUUGCGAACGUUGGCCAAUAUAUCGGCAAUGUUCACACUAUUUACAUAUAUCGCCGAUCCAGCAAACAUCAUUCCAGCUCUAAUCAGCGGAAUGAGCAUCUCCCAUCUGUGAG